AUGUGUAUUUUGUGGCAAUCUAAUCUAAUCUGUCCCGUCCCCAACCCUAACCCCCAACUCCACUCCUUCAUCAGCAAGCAAAGCAAAGGCAUGGCGCCGGCGGCCGGUCGCGGGCGAGGACGAGGACGGGCCCGGGGACGCGGCCGCGGCCGCGGGCGAGGACGCGCGGCCAAGACCCCGCCUCCAGCCGCAGAACCCGCGCCGGAGGAGGCCCCCGACGCCGCCCACCACCAAGAGCAAGAGCAGGAGCAGGACAAGGACAAGGGGCAGGAAGAGCAGGAGCAGCUCACCCACACCCAAGAUGCCUCUGCCUCUGCUUUUGCCGGGCGGGAGACGAUUGAGAUCUCCGACUCGCCGGACGCAUCCCCUCAGCAUCAACAACAAGGAGGCGCCUCCUCCUCGCCACACAUAUAUACUACUAGCUCAACCCAUCAGAUCAAGGAGGAGCCAAGCUCAAUCACAGCCGUCCACCACAAACCCCAUGAGCCCUCUCCCUCUGCUGCCACCAAUAUUGACGAGCAGCAGGAGAAAAUGGAGGUGGAGGCUGGAGAGCCUCAUGAUAUGUUCUUGUCCGUACAGGAAGAAGAAGCAGCAGCCCCUCCACAAGAAGAACAAGAGGCAGACAAGCAAACGCUACAGAACAAGGCAGCACAGGUGAUAGAGCCGGAGGGUGGAAAACCCGAUGAUGAUGAUGAUGAUGAUGAUGAUGAUGAUGAUGAUGAUGAUGAUCUAGUCGUAAAGGGUGAUGUUGCUGCAACUGAUGAUGCACAAAAUAAGCAAGACAGUCAAGCUCACCAACUCCACCAGGAGGAACAAAUGCUUGCUGCAACUCAUGAUGAUGCAGAAAAUAAGCAAGGCACCCAAGCUCACCCACUCCACCAGGGAGAAAUGGAUGCUGAGCGGGAAGAGGAGGAGGAGGAGGAUCCCGAAGAGGUCAUUUUCGAGGACUCUGUCUCUGUGGGUGACGGGCAGGCCGCAACUGAGGACAAACAAGGAGAUGACCCUGCUGCUAGGGCCACGGAGGACGACGACGGGCAGGCUGCAGCUGAGAGCAAACAGGAAGAGCACCGUGCUAGGGCGAUGGAGGAGGACGUGCAGGCUGCAGGUGAGAUCAAACAGCAAGAGGACGAGCGCAAGGUUAUGUCAGACAUGGCCAAGAACAGGCAGCGCAAAAAGGAGCUAGAGAUCUUUGUGGGAGGGCUGGACCGUGAAGCCGUCGAGGAGGAUAUCAGGAAGGUGUUUGCGCAGGUCGGUGAUGUUGUGGAGGUCCGUCUCCACAAGGAUCCCUCCACCAACAAGAACAAGGGGUUUGCGUUCGUCAGGUUUGCAAACAAACAGCAGGUGGCUCGGGCGCUUGCUGAGGUGAAGAAUCCUAUGAUACAUGGCAAACGUUGUGGUGUUGCUGCUAGCGAGGACAACGAUACACUCUUCUUGGGCAAUAUUUGCAAUACAUGGACAAAGGAAGCUAUUAAGAAGAGGCUGCUUGACUAUGGGGUAGAAGGAGUUCAAAGUUUAACUCUUGUUCCUGAUACUCAAAACGAAGGCCAGAGCCGUGGUUUUGCAUUUCUCGAGUUCUCUUGCCACGCGGAUGCGAUGCUUGCAUUCAAAAGGCUGCAGCAACCAGAUGCUCUAUUUGGUCACCCUGAGAGAACUGCAAAAGUUGCCUUUGCAGAGCCAAUAAAAGAAGCAGAUGCAGAAGUUAUGGCUCAGGUCAAAUCAGUUUUUAUUGAUGGACUUCCACCAUACUGGGAUGAAGAACGUGUUAAAAACCGAUUCAGAGCUUAUGGUGUGAUAGAACGAGUUGUGCUUGCUCGCAAUAUGUCUAGUGCUAAAAGAAACGAUUUUGGAUUUGUCAACUUCUCAACCCAUGAGGAGGCUCUUGCUUGUAUUGAAGCCACCAACAACACCGAGCUGGGUGAUGAUGGAAAAGCAAAGCUAAAAGUAAGGGUUAGACUUUCAAACCCUUUACCUAAAAGUCAGGCUGUGAAAGGUGAAAUGAGUGGCGGGUUUCGAAUUGGACAUCCUGGAUCUGGUUUUAACAGGCCUGGUAGAGGUUUUAAUAGGGACAGAGCUGCCCCUCGCCGGGAAGGUUUCCAUGGUGAUAGGGGUUUCAAUAAUCACACUCCUGGUCGUGGUGCGAGAUUUAAUUCUGCAUACAGUAACAACAGUUUUGAAGCUUCGCCCUCUGAUUUCCGAGCCAGGCAGGCUCCUCCUGCCUUUCGAGGGGGGAGAUGGGAACCUUCCUCAGGAAGGCAUGAUUUCUUUGAUAGAGGGCAGGGGAGAGGGUAUCAUCAUCCACCUAGAGGGCCAACAUUUGAGCCUGAGGGUGAUUUUGGUAGACCCUUUGGUGAAAACCCAUAUCUCUAUGAAGAUGUUCGGCAUAGUGCUAAGAGGCCAUAUUCUCACAUGGAACCCGGCCCUCCUGGAUACUUUGAGCAUGGUCCUCCUCGUGUGCGCCCUCGCUUUGACCAUUACGAGCAGCCACCAUUUCCUGGAGGGAACCGUUUUGGUCAUUAUGACCAGCCACCAUUUCCUGGAGGUGACCGCCACAGAGACUCUUUUGGGACGAGGGGUGGUUAUUCACGUGAUCACUAUGGCCCUGGUUCUGGUCCUGGUCAUGCCCCGCCCCCCGCCCAUGCCCAUGCCCCGCCCCCUGCCCAUGCCCAUGCCCAUGCCCCAGCUCAAUAUGGUAGGGGUGCAUUCCGACCACACCAAAGAGGCGGGCAUUCUGGAGGCGGUUAUUACCACCACUAGGUGGUAUCACAGUAUGUCUCUUGUCACCUGGUGUGACUUCGUGUUACUGGUCCUGUUUGAUAUUUGCAUCGUGGGGCACUAACAUGGGUUUACAUGCAGACUUCAGGUGGUGCCGCGUUACACUAGUGUUUGUGUUUGGUAUGACUAGUGAGAAACAUUAUGCCGCUUAUUAGCUACUAGUACUCACAGGUCGGUUGGUUGUUAGUUAUCUUGAGAUGAUAAUUACCGUUGUUGGGGAGCAAUAAUUAAUUUUCCUUGUUAAAGGACAUGUUUGGGGUGAUGAAUGUGUUGUGAGGAUAUUGGUGGAUGAUGUUAUAGAACUAGAGGCAUGAGUGACAUGGACCGACCUCUCUGUAUUUGAUUAGAUAACACUGUGGAUUAUGGAUUUUAGACAGUUUAUGUGGCUUUGCCUGA